AUGAGCUCCUUGCGAUUUCUUGACCUGGUCAAGCCGUUCGUGCCGUUCCUCCCCGAGGUUCAGCAGCCGGAGACCAAGAUCCCCUUCAACCAAAAGAUGAUGUGGACGGCCCUGACGCUUCUCAUCUUCCUCGUCAUGAGCCAGAUGCCCCUCUACGGCAUCGUCUCGUCCGACAACUCAGAUCCCCUCUACUGGCUGCGAAUGGUGAUUGCGAGUAAUCGCGGCACCCUCAUGGAGCUUGGCAUCACCCCCAUCAUCUCCUCGGGCAUGGUCUUCCAGCUUCUCGCCGGCACCCAUAUGAUCGAUGUGAACCUCGACCUCAAGUCGGACCGCGAGCUCUACCAAACGGCCCAGAAGCUGUUCGCCUUUAUCCUCUCAGCCGGCACCGCUACCGUCUACGUUUUCACCGGCCUCUACGGCCCCCCUUCGGAUCUCGGCGCCGGCAUCGUCUUCCUCCUCAUCCUGCAGCUCGUUGUUGCCGGCAUGAUUGUCAUUCUGCUCGACGAACUCCUGCAAAAGGGCUAUGGCCUCGGCAGCGGCAUCUCCCUCUUCAUCGCCACAAACAUCUGCGAGUCCAUCAUGUGGAAGGCCUUUUCCCCGACCACCAUCAACACCGGCCGCGGCCCCGAGUUUGAGGGUGCCGUCAUCGCCCUCUUCCACCUGCUCAUGACGUGGCCCAACAAGCAGCGCGCUCUGCAGGAGGCCUUUUACAGGCAGAACCUGCCCAACAUCAUGAAUCUGCUCGCCACCAUUGCCGUCUUCGUCGCCGUCAUCUACCUCCAGGGCUUCCGCGUCGAGAUCCCCGUCAAGUCGUCGCGCCAGCGCGGCGCCCGCGGCUCGUACCCUGUGCGCCUCUUCUACACGUCCAACAUGCCCAUCAUGCUGCAGUCUGCCCUCUCGUCCAAUGUCUUCCUCAUCAGCCAGAUGCUGUACUCGCGCUUCUCCGACAACCUCCUCGUCCGCCUCUUCGGUGUCUGGGAGGCCAAGGACGGCUCUUCGCAGCUGCACGCCAUCUCCGGCCUCGUCUACUACAUGUCGCCCCCGCUCAACUUCAAGGAUGCCCUCCUCGACCCCAUCCACACGGCUGCCUACAUCGUCUACAUGCUCGGCGCCUGCGCGCUCUUCUCCAAGACAUGGAUCGAGGUGUCCGGAUCCAGCCCCCGCGAUGUGGCCAAGCAGCUCAAGGACCAGGGACUCGUCAUGGCCGGCCAUCGUGACCAGAGCAUGUACAAGGAGCUCAAGCGCAUCAUCCCCACGGCUGCUGCCUUUGGCGGCGCCUGCAUUGGUGCGCUCUCCGUCGCGAGUGAUCUUAUGGGCGCUCUUGGCUCCGGCACUGGUACUCUCCUCGCUGUAACCAUCAUCUACGGCUACUUCGAAAUCGCCGCCAAGGAAGGAGACUUGUCCGGCAUGAAGGGCAUGGUCAUGGGCUAA